AUGCAAAUCUCACUCGCUGUCCUCGCUGGCCUUCUCAGCGUCUCGUCGCUGGUCGCAGCUGCGCCUGCUGAGCAGUCCGCCAACGAUGUGAUGCUCGAUCUCAACAGCAAAGCAGUUUUGGCACUGAAAAAGGCUGAAGAAAACAAGGCCAAGAGGUCGACGUGCAGCAAGUGUACCGUGUCCAAGGCUACUGUGCGUCGAGACUGGAAGACCCUGUCUGAUGAUGAAAAGAAAGCCUACAUCAGUGCUGUCCUGUGCCUUCGCGAAAAGCCCUCCAAGGCUGACCCUGCCUUUGCGCCUGGGGCUCGCACCAGAUACGACGACUUUGUUGCUGUCCACAUCAACCAGACGCUGAGCAUCCACGGAACUGGCAAUUUCCUCACAUGGCACCGUUACUUCACAUGGGCUUACGAGAAGGCUCUCCAGGACGAGUGCGGCUAUGAGGGUACCCAGCCAUACUGGAACUGGUUCGAGACUGGCGAUAUUGCCACGAACCCCAUCUUCGACGGCUCCGAGACCAGCAUGGGUGGCGACGGCGAGUUUUUCGAACACGACGGCGCCCUCUCCGGUCUCGACAACAUCUACAUCCCCAGCGGCAACGGAGGCGGAUGCAUCAAAUCAGGUCCUUUUGUCGGUGCCGUCGCCAACCUUGGCCCACCAUCCCCCGGGAUGGCGGGCAUGGAGGCGACCACCACACCUCUCGAGUACAACCCUCGCUGCCUCCGUCGCGACCUGAGCCCCUACGCCAUCGAUACGUGGAUGACCCUACCUAACCUCUACAACAUCACAAUGGGCGAAGCCUCGGGUAGCAUCAAGGCCUUCCAGGACGAGUUCCAGGGCCGCUUCGCCGAUGAGUUCCUCGGUAUCCACGCCGCUGGUCACUUUGCCAUGGGUGGUGACUCGUCCGACCUCUUCUCCUCGCCCAAUGAGCCCGUCUUUUUUCUGCACCACGCCAUGGUUGACCGUGUCUACUGGAUCUGGCAAGCUUUGCAUCCGCGCCAGGCUAAGGACAUUGCGGGGACUAUCACCAUUCUCAACAGGCCGCCGAGCAGGGACGCUGUCAAGUCGGAUCCCCUGAAUAUGGGUGUCAAUGCUGAAAUGGUCACCAUCGGAGAGGCACUGGAUACUCUUGAAGGGACACCGUUCUGCUAUAUUUAUGAUUAA